AUGCAGUCUGAAAAUGCGCGUAGUGUAUACAUGGAGCGCGGAUCAGAGAUCGCACAGGCUAAGAUUCUUGAAGAUGAAAUUAAAGCACACUUCCCGCUUUCAAUUACAUGUAAAAACGAGUCUCGGUGCAUUAUAACCCCGUAUGUAUUGGGGGUAGAAUCCGUCUCCCAGCAUCAACUUCUCCAAUGUUUAGAAAUCUUGACUUCGAACUUGGGUGAGACUUACAAAAAACUUCAUGGCCGGCUUUGGAAGGUGGAUAAAAUUAGGGAGAUGAACGAAUCAGGCUUGGUGUAUGCGCUAUUAAAAAAAGAUUCCACACUGAUUGGCUUCAUGUCUAUGAAAUUAGUUGUAGACGAUAACUUGUCGGUGAUCUACCUUUACGAAAUUCAGAUCGCCAAUUACUAUCGGGGAAUGGGAUUAGGAUCACAGUUGAUGGAAGCUUUUUCAAGUUUGCCGGAUAGUAUCAAUGCAAAUACGGAGUAUCUUGACAAGUUUGGACCCAUUGACGGUACUUCUUUAACCGUGUUUAGUACCAACGAGAGGGCGAUACAAUUCUAUAGAAGACAUGGUUACAGAAAUUCUAGACAUUCUCCCACCGAUAAAAUAACUACAAACGUUAUCACUACACAGUAUGCAACACAUAUCUUCAUGCCUUCAAUUGGUACUACGGUUGGAAUGAAAACAGUGACAGGUUCUUCCAAGGGAUUCAAUGGACUCACCACGAUUUUGGAUAAAGAGGAUGGUCAUCCAAUUGGAAUCCUAAACGCCGCUACUUUGACAGCUUUUAGGACGGCACUCUGCACGUCUUUGGUGUUAACAGAGACAUUUCCACUCAAUGAUCCGGAAUCCUCUAUUGGUGGAAAUUUAAUAUGCUACGGAGUUGGUGCCCAAGCUGAAUGGCAUAUAAGACUAGCAUUGUUACUAUACGGGGACCGAUUCAAACAGGUGGUCAUAGUUAAUAGAACAGUUUCAAAGGCACAUAAAUUGACUGGCAUGAUACACAAGGAGUUCCCUCAAAUUAUCGUAACAACAUGUGCUCUGAAUGAUACAGAUGAUUUACUGACUUUUUAUGAAGAUGCUAGCGUAAUAUUCUCAUGCGUCCCAACUACCUCCCCCACGGUACUCAAUUGCGAAAUUGAUGCAAAUAACCGUGAUAAAAUCUUCAUAGGAGCAAUUGGAUCCUUCAAGCCUCAAAUGAUUGAAAUUGAAGGUGAGUUGAUCAAACAGAAAUGCUUGGCAAAGGGAGGUAAAGUGAUUGUAGAUUCAGUGUCUGACUGUCUAGCAGAGGCAGGUGAAUUUAUACAGAAUGAUAUUGGCGAGGAGUCAUUAAUUGAGUUAGCUUCACUCUUUGUGGAACCAUCAUCGAAAAAUGCAAAGAAGCAGAUUGAAUACUUGAAAAAAGGAAAGGUGGUUAUUUCGAAGCUAGUAGGAUUAGCCAUAAUGGAUGUCUCCAUAGGAAACGCUAUUCUUAGUCUAGCAAAGGAGAGGAACAUAGGUACUGCGGUUGAAUUUUAG